CGAAACUCCGUUCCCGACCCAAAUAGACAAACAGUACCCAGAGUACGCUAAAUCCAAAGCAAAAGCCCCAAAGCAAAGCUCAUUGUCAUCUUCAUUCAGCUCUACAAUCCCCUCAGUCAGAGAAAGAGAGUUGGUGAUCGGAGCAAAUGGGAGGAGGCGAGCAUGCGCACGGCGAAGGGGCCCACGGCGGAGACUUCAGGGCGAAGGUGUGGAGCAUGAGCGGUGGGCCCUACUGCAGGCCCAAGCACUGGAAGCGCAACACGGCCUUCGCCAUGUUCGGAGUCUUCCUCAUCUGCAUUCCCAUCGCCAUGAAAUCUGCCGAGCUCGAGCAACGGCCACAUCAACCAGUUCGCCCCAUUCCUUCACAAAUGUGGUGCAAGAACUUUGGAAAGAAAGACUACUGAGUUUGUUUUUGGAGCAUCCAGUGAAAGAAGUACAGUUGGAGGUUUUGUAACUAAAGCUUCCAGAAUGCAAAUUAUUCCUUGUGGUAGAUGUUUGCUGAGAUUAUGAGCGAGCAGCCUUUUAAAACAUUUUUGUGAUCAGAUUUAUGACUCAUUAUGUGAGUUUUUGACUUGCUAUACCAUCAAUUACCAAAAUAAAUUGUGGACUCUCUAUUUAGCUUAAAGUAAUAAGAUAUUUGAAUUGGUCA